CACAAUAUAUGUAUAUAGUUGUAUAGUUUUAUACAGUCAUAUAUAUAACUAACGUAACCCAGCCUAAUGUAAUCUAACCCAACCUAUACAUUCAUAGUUUACAGUGCAAUUAUAAGAAUUUUUGAAAAAUUAUGUAGGAUCAUUAAGGUGCCCUCAUCAGUCACCACUGCGUGUACCGACUAGGUACGGCAUUGGCAGCAAGCUGUGACGUCAGCUGACGCAUGCGUAUAAAGCUCUCGCGUGCGAUAAAAUCUCACGACUGCCCAACACUGUCACUGGGUUUGAUGUACAAUAUUUUGUAAUGAAGAGUAAUGCACGCGUGCCUUUACGUUUGUAAUGUCAAGAACAUAUACCGAGUGGCCUUUUAUUUAAAAGUUUAGUCCUUUAUAUUUGUAAAUCAUAUUCUCGCUAUUUAUACAUUAUUAGCCACUGUAUAUGGAAUGAUAAAUUGAUGAAGUCUCCCCACUAAGGAGCUUUUUGAGCUCCCAACCUGCGCGAAAAAGAUUCGAUCAUCUAUUUCCUCGUGGUUUUGUUAUGACCCGCGAAUUUUGAUAAAAUAUGCCAGCUAAACUGAAAAAUAAAAUUCUAACAUAUGAAGGUUGCAACUACUUGCGAUAUCGGUUGCUACUGUCCACAUUAUCAGGUAGACCAGUGCAAAUAACAGAUAUUAGAAUCAAAGAUGAUAAUCCUGGACUUAGAGAGUAUGAAGUUAGUUUUAUACGUUUACUGGAUAAAGUUACAAAUGGAUCAAGGAUAGAAUUGAAUGAAACAGGAACUAAUUUGUACUAUAAUCCUGGUUUGUUACAUGGAGGAGAUAUAGAACAUGAUUGUAGCCUACAACGAGGUAUUGGUUAUUACUUAGAAGGAAUCAUGAUAUUGGCUCCUUUUUGUAAAAAGCCCAUAGAAGCAAAACUGAGAGGAAUCACUAAUAACACAAUAGAUCCCUGUGUUGAUCGGAUCAAAGCAACUGCUGUACCUGUGUUAAAAAGAUUUUUAUUGGGUGACACUGAAGUUGUGUUUAAUAUUAACAAAAGAGGAGCAGCACCACUAGGAGGUGGAGAAGUUUAUUUUAAAUGCCCUGCUAGUCGUAAUCUUAGAAGUAUUCAAUUUCAAAAUAGUGGUAUGGUAAAACGAAUAAGAGGUGUUGCAUGUAGCAUACGAGUUUCCCCUGCUAUUGCCAACCGAAUUAUAGAAUCUGCUAAAGGUGUAUUAUUGAAGUUUAUACCAGAUGUCUACAUUUAUGCAGAUCACUGUAGAGGUGCAGCUAGUGGGAAAUCUCCAGGGUUUGGAAUAAGCUUAACAGCUGAAACAACAAAUGAAGUUGUCUUUGGUGCGGAAGCAUGUUCACCUCAUAUGACAACAGGUUCUUUACCUUGUGUACCAGAAGAUAUUGGUAAAGAAGCAGCUAUGAAACUAAUUGAUGAAAUUUAUAGGAAUGGAUGUGUGGAUUCACCUUUCCAAGUUAUGACUGCAAUGUUCAUGGCAUUAGGGAAAAAGGAUGUUUCUAAAGUCGUAACAGGUCCUUUAACACCAGCAAUGAUACAGUUUUUACGUGAUCUACGAGAUUUCUUUGGAAUUGUCUUUAAAAUUGAUCCACUUAAAGAAGAAGACGAGAUAUUAGAUCAAGUUGUUUUAACCUGUCUAGGUGUGGGCUAUACAAACAUAAGCAGACGGAUAUUAUAAAUAUAAUCUUUGGGAAUAACACCUGAAACAAUAUUCUUAAAUGUUAUAUGACUAUAAUAUACAUUGGCAAAAUAAAUCAUUUACCAAU